AUGAAUGUACGACCGCCUAUAGAGGCAUCCUCUCCCACGGCGGUUCUAUCUGUGGCCUUCAACAAAGACUCUAGCUGUUUUUCCGUGGGUUUGGAGUCAGGAAUAUGCGUGUUUCAUACCAAAUCAUGUCUGCUCAAAGCAUCAAGAGAUUUCAAUGCCGGCAUCGGCCUGGUACGGAUGAUGGGGACGACAAAUUACCUCGCUCUUGUUGGCGGCGGUAAAUCUCCAAAGUUUGCCAUGAACAAGGCCAUCAUAUGGGAUGACAUGAAAGGCAAAAUUGCGUUGGAAAUUUCAGCUCUCAGUGCUAUCCGGGGCGUCCAGCUGAGUAGGGAUCGCAUUGUCGUCGUCCUCCAGAAUAGCGUACGCGUCUACUCCUUCGCUAAGCCUCCAGAGCUGCUUCACGUAUACGAGACGGCCGAUAACGUCCUCGGCCUAUGCUGUCUCUCAGAUAAGAAGCUUGCCUUCCCAGGCCGCACAACGGGACAGAUCCAGCUCGUAGAGCUUGGCACGGGUAAUGUUAGCAUCAUCCCGGCUCACUCAUCUGCCCUCAAAGCUAUUCAGCUAAGUGCAGACGGAGAGUUGCUGGCCAGCGCCAGCGAGACUGGAACUCUUAUCCGUGUAUACUCGACUAGCAACUGCGCCAGGUUAGCAGAACUUCGCAGGGGGAUCGACCCAGCAACCAUUUUCUCCCUCGCCUUCUCCCCGUCUGGAUCAUUACUGGCCUGCACAUCUGACAAAUCCACGCUUCACAUCUUCGACGUACCCCAUCCCCGGCGGCCGAGCGCUCAUCGUAGCCCGCAGCCAGGAAGUGCAGGCUCAGACGCAGAUGUAGGGAAAUGGGGCAUUCUCAGUAAAAUCCCCCUUAUGCCGCGAAUGUUUUCCGACGUCUACUCUUUUGCUUCAGUACCCUUCGAGGCCGGUAACGAGUCCAUGAUUGGCGGCAUACCCUUCACAGAGGGCACCGUGUUGGGAACCACACGGCCUCCCAAGGGAGUUAUUGGAUGGAUCAGCGAGGAUAGCCUUGCGGUUAUUGGCGCAGGUCAAGACGCACGAUGGGAAAAAUUCACAUUGGUCGAUGGCGAUGACGGAAAGCGGCACUGCGUCCGCGAAGGCUGGAAACGAUAUCUAGGGAAUUCAUGA